AUGGUGCGCUUCACCUCGCUCGUGCUCGCGGCAUUUGCAGCCGCUCUUCACGUCGCAGUCGGGUUCAGGUCGGAGCACCAUCCGGUCUGGUGGCAUGAGCACCCCGCGAGCUCGGCCGAGAAACUUCAGCAGAGCCUGAGAACCAUCCUGACGGACAGUACAGAUGUGACCACGCAGGCCAAAUCAGCGGAGGCGCGCGGCGAUGCGGAGGCACAGGAGCGGACGCUCCGGGAGCAGGUUGCCAUCAUCAGGAAGGACUGGCAGAGCGCCAGCGCAUCCGCUUGCCAUCAACAGCUGGGGCGGUUGGUGAACAACCUCACCCUUUCAUGCGAAGACUUGCAGCCGAAAGCCGACUGGGCUCUCAACCUCUACGUCCUUCCGAACAAGACCUGCGCGGAGAGCGUCAGCGACAUCUUCACGUUAGGAAACGAAUUGGUGGAGACGCUCCGCGUCUCCAGAGAUGCUAUUGCGUCCUUGGCUUUGGACGACAAGACGCUCCGUCGAUAUCAAGCACUAUCCUUUGCGAGGAGCUGGCUGGCGAAGCUGACGGAGACUCGUCAUCAUGCGCUGCUUUGGGCCGGCUUCUGGGAUGGGGACCCCGAGAACCGCACGACCCUGACGAAGCUUUCCAACUUUGCCAAGGCCAUAGAGCAUGCGACCGUCCACCCGGACAGCUUCUUGGGCCAAGCCAUCGAGGCGAGCGAGAACCUCGAUGCCUGCUACGAGGAUGCACAGACCAGUGCGCUUGCAGCCAACAUGUGGUCAAUCGCAAGCAUGAGCUUCGUGCUCGGGAUGCGCGACAAGGCACAGGGAACGGUCAUCGCACUGGUCAACAAGCAGAUCACGGGCGAGCGGAACUUGUCAGAGUCCGUGCUGUCCACGCAUGAAAUCCCAACCGUGGGGCUCGCUGCCUGGGGCCUCGGGUUCUGGUCUCCGAAAGUGCUGGUUGUGGACCUCAUGGGCACCCUGGACGAGGCUUUGGCAGAGCACGUUGAGAAGCUGGUGAAGGCCAAAGCGGAGCAGGACCUGAAGGACCAAGAGCUAUGUGAGGUCGUCCUCGGUUACGGCCUGGGCAGCCUGUGGGACUUGCAAAAGGGCUUCAAGCGCUCCAAGGCAGGGCAGAGACAGCUUGAGGUGGAGCAACUCCUCCGCCAGAAUGCCGAUCCGAAGGCUUUGAACCCGCGCGGCGGCACGGCCCUCAUAAGCGCCGCGGCAGAGGGGCUGCAGGAGGUGGUCGAGGCCUUGGUGAAGGCUGGAGCCCAGCUGGAGGCCCGCGAUAGGGAUGGCCGCACGGCCCUCCUUCGCGCGUCAUUCAAGGGCCACUUGAAGGUGGUCGAGGCCUUGGUGAAGGCCGGGGCCCAGCUGGAGGCCCGCGAUGGGACUGGCAACACGGCCCUCACAGCCGCGUCAUGGUUUGGCCACUUGAAUGUGGUCGAGGCCUUGGUGAAGGCCGGGGCCCAGCGGGAGGCCCGCGAUGACAUAGACUACUAUGGCAACACGGCCCUCAUGAAAACCUGCCUGCGCAGAAAUGCGGUGUGCACUUUUGGGGAGAUUGGAGCUGGCCAGUUGCUAGUCAGAGCGGCCUGGAAGGUGAGACUCUUGCCUCCCAAACUCACUAUGAAGACUGGCGCAUGUGGCAAAGCUGCACAAUUCACUGGGGCUCGGCUCAUCGGGAGAGUUCGUCGUCCAUCUCGGCAGUUCGUCGCCUUUUGUGCUCCGGGAAAGUUGAGCAGUGAGCCCGGCGAGGCGGCCACAGGGAGCGUCGCGGACGUCUAUCCGCUUGUUGACACGAGUGUGGAGAUUCCCGGUCCGGCGCAGCGGAAUCCGUUCCGGAUCCACGGUACUUAA